AUGAGCACAAUGGCAAUAUCUCUCCCCUUGAUAUUCGAAAUUACCUGUGAGACAUUUUAUUUAGAGAAGUACAAAAUACACAAGCUGUUAAAUCAGGUGAGGAAUUGCAGCGACAAGUUCCAGCAUGAAUUUAUUUCAUCAUCAUCGGAAAUACACUUGGAAAAUUAUUAUUCUAUUAUUAAUAAUCCCAUGAGUUCCGAAUGUAAUAUGGGCCUUCAACAGCACAUCUUCGUUUUGUUCUGUUCUCUGCAGUCUUGUUUAGCCACCUCUACCAUUGUCCAUAAUCCCACAUCUCCUCCUCACACAAUUUCCUCGAUGUCUCCCUCCGAUGCCCGAUUCUCCAUUUUCUAUUCAAGUUCCACUGUAUGGCUAGGAGCGCAACGUCACUCAACUGUCUUCUCAGCGUGU